AUGGUCAUUGAGGAAAUCCCGCGCAGUGCUGGAGGAGCCUUUCGGCCUUCCUUUCAGGGGUACGUCGAGACUUCACAGGAGGCGAUGAUCAUCUGUGAGGCAUACUUGCAAGGCACUAUCACAUGUGUAUCUCGAUGCCCCUCUCCCACUGAACGUCUGAAUUUCAUCCGGAGUGGUCAUGUGUUCGUGGUCAAGAACUCGUCUGGAAGGAAGAGGUGGACCGAUGGCAUGGCAUGGGCUCCACGUGUUUACACUCAUGAUGGCUUCAAGGUAUAUCACGAGUCCAAGGAAGGGCCUAAGUUUUCUCGACAGCUCGGUGACUUAAGUCCUCAGUCUCCUCCGCUCAUCGAACAAAACAGGAUGAUCAAAAAGGUCUUCGAGGUUUCAAUACGAGGAACGCCGGACUUUCAAGUCAUUUCUUAUUUCACCGUGAAGGAUGUCAUAUCGAGAAAUCUUCCAACACCUUCUCAAGACCCAUUUCUUCGGGGUAUCAGAGUACGACAUGCGCUUCUUGAGAUCUAUGCCGCCUCGCUGGGAGGGCAGAGCACUUCUACGGACGGUAAAUUUAACGGACGACCUCACUCACCACCAGCCAUUCUCGCAAAGGAGAGAAGUCAUCCUCACUCCCCACCGACUGGAAGUCUUUCACCUAUGCUACAGACAAAGCUCCUGAGUCGCACGCAGACCUUCGUAUCUGAUAAUGAGGUUGGAGUCCGCAAGGCGGAACGGACGCCAUCCAGAACUAGCAUGCCGCAACCGCCAAUGCCACCAAUCGCUCCUGAACAUCAGUCCAUGGACAUCAGCGGAAUGGACCAACGGCCGUCGCAGGUAGUCCAUCAGGGCAUCCAACAUCCUGCGCAAUCUCUACACAAGAUUACAGAGCAACCGCACGCCCCGACGCCUCAUGCGGAUCACGACAAUCCAAGAGCAGCACAUAUUUCGAUGGGUCCACCACCGCGUGUCCUCCAUGCUACCCUACCAGGUGUUCCGUCUCUGCUAAGAGGAGUCAACACGGCCGUCAACCGUUCUCCAUCUACUUCCGUGAAUCCCUACAUCGAAAGCUCAACCAUACAGCACUUAAUCUCUGAUGACCACGGAACGAAGGUCUUCAAUCAGGAGGACAUGGAGCGCUCGAAAAUGCUGAGGAAUGCUCCUUACAACUACUUCGAUCCAACCCUCGAAAAUGAGCGCCGGAGGUGUGCAGAGACCAUCGCGCGCUACAUAAGAGCUUCUAAUCUUUACGGUGGACUUCGUGAGGAGGCGAUCCACAAUAUCUUGGUCAAAGUGUUUGACCCGGCUCAAGACACUACGCACGCAUUCCGUUCGGCACCCCGUGUCAAAGGCGCGCUUGGACAUGGAGUAAAAAUCGAAGGACCCUUCACUUGCAGGUAUGGAUAUAACCUUCACAUAAUGGACAAUGUUCACAUCGAAAGAAAUUGUGACAUCGAUGAUUCAGGCCGGGUUGAUAUCGGGAGGCUCGUAUGGAUUGGGCCCCACGUUUGCAUUUUGACCUCAGUGCCCUGCAAUGGGUUGGCAGAUGAUGAACGCAGCGGAGCGCAACGGUCGGCAAGGCCGGUAUGGAUCGGCCCUAGAGUACAAAUCGGAGCACGUGCACUCAUAUGUCCGGGAGUACGUCUUGAGGAAGGCACAGUUGUCGAACCUGGUGCGAUAGUCCGCCCAAAUCACUUCGUAUCGUAG